UGCCAUUUGUAAUUCAGUGAGGAAAUCGAGGCGGACGGCGUUCGCGAUUUUCGUCCACAAACACGCAAUUUUUCGCUGUUUUUCGUGUGUUGAUAAUCUUUUUCGAUAGUGAUAUCAACAUAAAACAUCAUGCCGGCUUUGGACGAUAUUAAAUCUUCGUGGGCCGAUGAGGUUGAGUCGGAUUCCGGCUCGCUCCCACCACCGUCGGAAGUGAUCGAAAAUGGACAGAAGAUCGUGACCGAGUACAAGUACAACAAGGAUGACAAGAAGGUGAAGGUGGUGCGCACGUACAAAAUCAGCCGCGUUGUGGUGCCGAAGUGCGUGGCCAGAAGGAAGAGCUUGGCCAAGUUCGGUGAUUCGGCGACCGAUCGGCCGGGCCCGAACCCGCAGACGACCAUGGUCUCGGAAGACGUGUUCAUGCAGUUCAUCACCAACAAGGAGGAAGAACAGAAGAACGAAAAUGCUCUGGAUUCGAUGAAGAACAUUGUCAAGUGUCGUACUUGCGAGGGCGAGCAUUGGUCAUUCCACUGUCCGUACAAGAACAGUGCGUACGAUAAGCCGACUAAGCCGACGACAGCGCCGGUUCCGGAAACGACCUCAUCCAGCAAACCGGGCAAAUACGUUCCACCCCACAUGAAGGAAAGCCAAGGAAAGCCGGGCAUUGGUGGUGCGAUGCGUGGACGUGACGAUACUAGUGCGAUUCGUAUCUCGAACCUGUCCGAGGCAAUGACGGAGGCCGAUCUGGAGGAGCUGGUGAAGAAGUUUGGCCCGCACACCAAGAUGUUCCUGUCUCGCGACAAAAGCACCGGACUGUGCAAGGGCUUCGCAUACGUUCACUUCCGUUCCCGCCGCGAUGCUGCUACUGCGAUCGAAGUUCUCAACGGCUACGGUUACGAUCAUUUGAUUCUGAGCGUCGAAUGGUCCAAGCCGCAGAACCCGCAGUAGAGCCCGUUUGCAGUGACGUGAGUAUUACGGCGUGAUCGGUUUCCGUUUGAAACGAUAGCGAUUGUCGCGUAGGAGGCGUUGUAAUGGUAAGGCACGGUAAAGAUCUGUGGAGUGCCGGGAAUGUGAAAAGGAAUAAGAAAAGUACUAAAUAUAAAAAAAGGAUGAGAGAGAAGGGAA